AUGAGUAAUGAUUUGAUUAAAGCUUUGGUCCCCGAGUUCUUGCAGGAGGCAAGAAUGGAUCAAGAAGGUUUUAGAGGUUGGAAGAAAGUUAAAAAUGGAAAGAAUUGUGAAUUUCUUAAACACAUAGGGAAAGAUCCUCGUUCACCAUAUAACAAUGAUAUAAAGCUUGUCAAGACUUCGUGUGCUUUUAGAGGUCAUAAUGAAAAUACAAAAUCAUUAAAGCAAUAUAGUUUUCUUGAAUUGAUAAAAAUCUUAGCAUGUUACAAUGAUGAAGUUGCAAAAGUUGGGUUGGAAAAUGCUCUAUCUAAUAGCAAGUAUACUUUACAUCUAAUUCAAGAACAUAUCUUGCACAUUCUUUCAAGGAGGGUGAAAAAUGAAGCGAAUGAUGAAUCCAAAAAAGAGCAAAUGUCUUUUGUUCUGAGAUUUGUUGAUAACUAUGGUUUUAUACAAGAAAUAUUUUUUGACCUUGCACAUGUUAAUGAUAAUACAUCUUUAACUCUUAAGCAAAAAGUUUGUGAUAUACUUUCUCUGCAUAACCUUGAUGUCUCUAACAUUCAUGGUCAAAGAGAAGUUAAACCAAUUCAUCAAUUCUUUGAGAAGCUAACUUUAAUUGUCAAUGUUGUUUGUUCUUCUACAAAGUGCCAUGACGAGUUACAAGCUUCCCAAUUAGAUGAAAAGGAAAAUUUAUUAGAGAUUGGUGAGAUUGUAACAGUAACUUAUUUUGUUUCAAGAAAAUUUGAAAAUGAAGGAUUAAGUUAUGCUUUGCGUGGAGAUGCUGAUAGUGCUUACAAUGUUUUAAAGUCAUUUGAUUUCAUAUUCAUAUUACAUUUGAUGAAAGAAAUUAUGGGGAUCACAAAUAUGCUUUAUCAAGCUUUACAACAACAAUCUCAGGAUGCAACCAAUGUUAUGUAUUUGGUUUGUACAACAAAAACUCUUAUUCAAGAAUUAAGAGAAAUUGGUUGGGAUGAAUUGUUUGCUUCUGUGAUGUCUUUUUGUGGAAAACAUGAUAUUGAGAUUCUUGAUCUUAAUGAUGUUCAUUCAAAAAAAUGA